AUGGCCCUGCAGACGCAAUGCAAGGGCUUCGCGGAAGAGGGAAGUGGUGGUAUCAAUGUCUUGCAGAUCGUUUUGAAUGUAGCCUUGAAGGCGGGCCCACGCAAGGUUGGGCCGUUCGGCACGAUAGACGCUGGUAUGAUUAGACUAAGCGCUGAGAUGAAAGAUGACCGAGUAGAAUUAGCGGGAGAACCUGUGGUGCUUGAGAACAUCCUGGCCAAACAGAAACGUUUGGUCAUCGUUCAAUUGUACGGCGGGCGCACGACGCGCGCCUCCACAUCGCUCCAAUGGCUAGCGGGCACCCCAGAUCUCGCUCAGAUCUUUCUUGGUGAGGGCGCCGGAUCUCGCUCAGAUCCACCCAGCAAAGGGUCUCAGCCAAAGAGGGAGUUGAGUAUCAGCGUUGGCCACAGCGCCGCCGUGCAAAAGGCGUUGCAAGACUUGAUGUGA